CCCCCAUAUCUGCAUCGCAUCCCCUGGGAUCUGCAGUCAGCACUGGGACCAGAGCAUGGUGCUCACCUCCACCCUCAGCAUCCUGGGCUGCUCUGCUCUGCUCCUGGCUGCUGUGAGUGGGCAGCAAGUCAGACAGCGCCGAUGCGCAGUGCCACACAUUGAGAAUGGGAGGAGCGCUCCUUUUCGCUACGUCUACCGGCCCGGGGACUCAGUAAGAUUCACCUGCAACACGGGCUACACCUUGCAAGGCUCCUUCACGAGUAUCUGCCAAGCUGACUUCAGCUGGAGCCCACCUUUGCCAGCAUGCAAAAAGGGCAAGUGUUGUGUGUGUGUGAGUGGGGCUGCUGCAGGGCAGAGCUCCCUCCAUGUCCUCUCAUAUUGCUGAGAAAGCAAAGCCAGGAUGUCCC